UAUGAAUUAUAAAAUAUUCUCUAUUUUGCAUACAAAUGUAAAUAUAGUUGAUUAUUUAAUACUAUACAGUUCAGGAAAAAAUGCUAAUGGUUUUAUUUAAACGUAAUUUAAAGUAUUAAUUUUUACUGUGAGCAUUGAAAUUGACAUUGUUUCAGUUAUCACUACCAGAAAGUUGGCUAAUUCUGAUUUUACAGAAAAUUUGUGCAAUGAAGUUCAAAAUCCAAAAGAAUUUUGAGGAUUACUAAUAUAUAUCCCCCCCUUUUUUUUUUCAAUGAGCAUUUCUUCUCAAAACGCCUAGAAGUCUUUUACGAAAUCAGCGUCAGUCGAAGGUUAAAUUCUGACUGAUUAUAAAUUCCAAAUAUUCAUGUUUUUCUUUCGAAAAUUAAAUCUGAAGUUGUUAAUUGAAAGUGGAUUUUUUAUUAUUGCUGUUAACUUUUGGAUAUGACUUCUCAAAGAAGGUCAAUUUAUUAAAAAGAAAUGUGUACCAUGCAUGAUGGCAGCACCAAUUAUCAGGAGAAGGAUUAUUGAUAUUGGAGCAAAUCUAACUGAUCCUAUGUUUAGGGGUAUUUACAAUGGCACUAAAAAACAUGUUGAUGAUUUACAUGAAGUUUUGAGGAGAGCAGUUGCUAAUGGAGUUGAAAAAAUUUUUAUCACUGGUGGUAGUUUAGAAGACUGCAGAACAGCUCUUGAGAUUUCAAAAUCAUGUGAUAUGCUGUUUAGUACUGUAGGAUGUCAUCCAACUCGCUGUUUAGAAUUUGAAGCAUGUGGGGAUCCUGGGGGAUAUCUUCAGCAGUUAAAACUUCUUGCUUUGGAAAACAGACUUAAAGUUAUAGCUGUUGGAGAAUGUGGCCUAGAUUAUGAUCGUUUAGAAUUCUGUCCUAAAGAAACUCAGUUGAGGUAUUUUGAAUGCCAAUUUGAUAUUGCUGAAGCAACACGGCUUCCAAUGUUUCUCCACUGUCGGAAUGCAUGCAGUGAUCUUCUUUCCAUUUUAAGAAGAAAUAGAGAUCGUUUUACUACUGGUGUGGUACAUUCUUUUGAUGGGACAAAAGAAGAUGCAAAAGCAAUAAUUGAUUUAGGACUAUAUAUAGGUAUAAAUGGAUGCUCUUUGAAAACGAGAGAAAACUUAGAUGUUGUUGCAGAUAUUCCUGUCCAUAGGCUUAUGAUUGAAACAGAUUCACCAUGGUGUGAAAUACGCACAACGCAUGCAGGAGCCAAGUUAGUUAAAACUACAUUUCCAUGUAAAAAGAAGGAAAGAUUUGAAUUUGGUUUUCAAGUAAAAAGUCGGAAUGAACCUGCAAAUAUAGUUCAAGUACUGGAAGUAAUGGCUGCCGUUAGAGGUGAUGAUAUUAAUGAACUUGCUGAGAGAUUGUAUGAAAACACCUGCAAUGUUUUCUUUUCUUCAAGAAAAUGACCUAUGUAGAAAUUAAUAAUAAUAUUGUUCCAAAACGAAUUUCCUGCACAUUUAAACUGUUAAACUGCAAUGAUUUUUUUAAAUAAAAGUUGUAAAAAAUGUC